UGAGUCAGUCAUCCUCUGAGCCUCAUACCUACAAGCUUCUCCAUACAUACCUGAAGCUGCCUCUCACGCACUCCGUCUCUCUCUCACAUUCCAAAAAUUCCCUCUACUGCAACCAUGCCAGCCACCGCCCUCGCCCCCUUCAUGUACCAGCUGCAGGAUACAUUACGUACUGUCGAGCUCAAGCACUGGGUCAGUCAGCUGGACAUUAAGGGAGUAAGUGUGGUGGUGUUGGUGGUACUGGGUGUGUUGCUGUUGCUCAACCUGCUCACAAAGUCCACUGCUCCCUAUGGCAGAAGUGUCUUGUCCUCCGCCGUCCACAUCUGGGACAACAGGAAUCACCUGGGACUGACUCGAGCCUUCUUUGGAAAUCGCUCGCUGGAGCCUUUGACACAUGUCUUGGAUGCCCUGGCGGCGGCGGCGAAGAAGUGGGAGGAACCUAAAGACAGCACCUUCAGAAAACGAGCACAUUAAUGUUAUUCUGUAAAAUCAUUAAUAUAGCGACGAAAACUAAGGAAAGGAACCAAAGAGCGAUGCAUCUGUAGUCAGAUGCCGACGACCCUGGUGGGUUGUUUUCAAAUUACCAGCAGGUCUAGAGUUUGCUUACACACUGGUACUCCGCCUAUGACAAGGCAGGUCAGUGUGACUUUGUCAAUGGUCCAAGUCGGACCGAAACGUCGUCGUAAGCUUCUGUCUUUUAUGUGCGGGUUAUUUGUGUAUCGUUCCAGUCACGGUAUUGUGCCUUUUUGUUAUUUAUUUAUUUAUUCAGGUCUUGAAAUCUACACGCAUUUGCAUAGCAAUUUUUACCCAAGAUACGGCCCAGAAAAGUAAACUAACAACCAUGCACAUAUUUUACUGCUAGGUGAACAAAGGUGUAAUGAAACCUAUCAUACACCUCGUCUUCCAUUUGCUGGAGGUAAAACCAGAAGGCCUUUAUUGUUCUACACCGAGAACACUGAUAACUGAGCUACGAGUCAUGACGCUCUGCGAGCCAGAGUUCACUCUUUAUUGUCUUCAGCUUUAUAAAUCAGGUCGCAUUGUGCGCGCGUGUGUGUAGCAACUGCGUCACGUUGUGUAACUACUGUUGUAUUCUGCGUCACGUUGUGUAACUACUGGUUUAUUCUGCGUCACGUUGUGUAACUACUGUUGUAUUCUGCGUCACGUUGUGUAACUACUGUUGUAUUCUGGGUCACGUUGUGCGUGUAGCUGGUAUUAUGUGAGUAACUGUGGUUAUGUUGAAUGCAUAACUGUUCUUAUGUACGAGUAGCUGCUUUUAUGUUGUAUUAUAGCUGUUAUGUUGUAUGAGUAGCUAUUGUUACAUUGUGUAAGUAAGCUAUUGUUAUGUUGUAUGAGUAGCUAUUAUUACAUUGUGUAAGUAAGCUAUUGUUAUGUUGCAUGAGUAGCUAUUGUUACAUUGUGUAAGUAAGCUAUUGUUAUGUUGCAUGAGUAGCUAUUGUUACAUUGUGUAAGUAAGCUAUUGUUAUGUUGUAUGAGUAGCUAUUGCUAUGUUGUAUGAGUAGCUAUUGUUACAUUGUGUAAGUAAGCUAUUGUUAUGUUGCAUGAGUAACUAUUGUUACAUUGUGUAAGUAAGCUAUUGUUAUGUUGUAUGAGUAGCUAUUGUUAUGUUGUAUGAGUAGCUAUUGUUAUGUUGUAUGAGGAGCUAUUGUUAUGUUGUAUGAGGAGCUGUUGUUAUGUUGUAUGAGGAGCUAUUGUUAUGUUGUAUGAGGAGCUAUUGUUAUGUUGUAUGAGGAGCUAUUGUUAUGUUGUAUGAGGAGCUAUUGUUAUGUUGUAUGAGAAGCUAUUGUUAUGUUGUAUGAGGAGCUAUUGUUAUGUAGUAUGAGGAGCUAUUGUUAUGUUGUAUGAGGAGCUAUUGUUAUGUUGUAUGAGGAGCUAUUGUUAUGUUGUAUGAGGAGCUAUUGUUAUGUUGUAUGAGGAGCUAUUGUUAUGUUGUAUGAGGAGCUAUUGUUAUGUUGUAUGUGGAGCUAUUGUUAUGUUGUAUGAGGAGCUAUUGUUAUGUUGUAUGAGGAGCUAUUGUUAUGUUGUAUGAGCAGCUAUUGUUAUGUAGUAUGAGGAGCUAUUGUUAUGCUGUAUGAGGAGCUAUUGUUAUGUUGUAUGAAGAGCUAUUGUUAUGUUGUAUGAGGAGCUAUUGUUAUGUUGUAUGAGGAGCUAUUGUUAUGUAGUAUGAGGAGCUAUUGUUAUGCUGUAUGAGGAGCUAUUGUUAUGUUGUAUGAGGAGCUAUUGUUAUGUUGUAUGAGGAGCUAUUGUUAUGUUGUAUGAGGAGCUAUUGUUAUGUUGUAUGAGGAGCUAUUGUUAUGUUGUAUGAGGUGCUAUUGUUAUGUUGUAUGUGGAGCUAUUGUUAUGUAGUAUGAAGAGCUAUUGUUGUGUUGUAUGAGGAGCUAUUGUUAUGUAGUAUGAAGAGCUAUUGUUAUGUUGUAUGAGGAGCUAUUGUUAUGUUGUAUGAGUAGCUGUUGUGUUGAGUCGCAUUGUUUGGCUAAAGAUAAGCAAGGACAAUCAAGCAGUGUUUCUUAUCACUAAUUGAGUCAAGAUAUUACUAAAUCUAUUUUUAUUACACUCGUUUUUGUAUUUUAUAU